AUGAGAGAAGUCAUCUCGAUUCAUGUUGGUCAGGCGGGGAUUCAAAUUGGAAACGCUUGUUGGGAAUUGUACUGUUUGGAACAUGGUAUUCUUCCAGACGGAACAUUUUUAGAUCCAGACGGAAAUUCUGGGUCUCUCACUACAUUUUUCUCGGAUACCGGAUACGGUAGACACGUCCCUCGGUCGAUUUUUGUGGAUUUGGAACCCACUGUUGUAGAUGAAAUCCGCACUGGAACAUACAAGAAACUCUUUCAUCCGGAGCAAAUGCUUACUGGGAAGGAAGAUGCAGCGAACAACUACGCACGUGGACACUAUACAGUAGGCAAAGAGAUAAUAGACACCACGAUGGACAGAAUCAGAAGACUUGCUAAUAACUGUGAUGGUCUGCAAGGAUUCUUUGUAUUUCACUCGUUCGGAGGAGGAACUGGUAGUGGAUUUACUUCAAUGAUGAUGGAGAAGUUGUCAGCUGAGUAUGGGAAGAAGAGUAAAUUGGAGUUCUCAAUCUAUCCAGCUCCUCAGAUCUCAACAGCUGUGGUUGAACCAUAUAACUCCAUUCUAACUACACAUACAACUCUGGAGCAUUCUGAUUGCUCGUUCAUGGUCGACAAUGAGGCGAUUUACGAUAUUUGUCGCCGCAAUUUGAGAGUUCCAAGACCAACGUACACUAAUUUAAACCGGAUUAUUUCCCAGGUUGUAUCCUCAAUCACAGCUUCACUCCGCUUUGAUGGUGCUUUGAAUGUGGACCUGAAUGAAUUCCAGACGAACUUAGUUCCAUAUCCACGAAUUCAUUUCCCAUUGGUUGCCUACAAUCCAUUGAUUUCUUCAGCUCAUCACGAGAUUUUAUCCGUUGAUGAGAUAACUAAAAGCUGUUUCGAAACCGACAAUCAAAUGGUCAAAUGUGAUCCGAAGAACGGGAAGUACAUGGCUGUUUGUCUUUUAUACCGUGGAGACGUUGUUCCGAAAGAUGUGUCCGCUGCGAUUAAGUCAAUCAAAACUCAGCGAUCCGUUCAGUUUGUUGAUUGGUGUCCUACUGGAUUCAAAGUUGGAUUAAACUAUCAACCACCUACAGUAAUCCCGGGUGGUGAUAUGGCUAAAGUGCCACGUGCCGUUUGUAUGCUUUCGAAUACAACUGCAAUUGCGGAUGCAUGGCAAAGACUGGAUUAUAAGUUUGACUUGAUGUAUGCAAAACGAGCAUUCGUUCAUUGGUACGUAGGAGAAGGAAUGGAAGAGGGAGAAUUCUCGGAGGCGAGAGAAGAUUUGGCUGCACUGGAGAAGGACUAUGAAGAGGUUGCGGCGGAUUCCAAUGAACAGGAUAAUGGUGAAGAUGAAUAUUGA